AUGUUCGGUAAUUUUGCAAGUUUUGCACCGCAACCUACCACAGCUGAUGGUAAGCCUCGGACCAUCCCACCACCAACUCCACUCACGUUCCCUUCAAGUACACCCCAAUCGCUGGAGCAUGUUUCUUCGGACGAUGUACCCCUAGUCACGUUUCUUCAGACAAUUCAUCGGCUAACGGAUAUAAAAUUAUCCCAUUUCGAAAGGCUGGGUAUUCACGUCGUCCCAAAUGUAUCCCCUCAGGAGUUGUUACCCGAUCCUUCCUUCCUUCCCCCGGAUGAAGAAUGGACAAAUAUCUCCGAGGAAGAUUUAGAAGAUGCAACUACAGCAAGUAAAAAUCUUCUAAGUAAUGGCAAUAAAGGUCCUGGAGUGAAAGCUUAUCUGGACCGCCGAAGGGAGCUUUCGAUUGACAAUACAGCUGCUUUUCGCACUGUCCGUAGAAUUCCCCAAAUAAAAGGCACACCAGCAGCUCGCCUAGGCAAUGCGUAUGAAUUCUACAAGAAUUUGGAAGUCUUUUCGGGCUACUGGGUUGACACUUCUCUACCAAAAAUCACCACCCCACCUUCUGACGCUGCCGAACAUGUUGCUGAGAAUCAAAACGGGGUAACCGAAGAAGGUGAAGCUGCAAUCCCGCUCCACCAACAAACCCACGUUCGGACUGGCACUGGUUCCCAGCUUCCUCACGAAUUCCGUCAAGGUCUUACGACUUCCUUCGUAAAACUUGUCGCCUACGACUUCGGCUGUAACGUUUCGUUUCCACGUGUCGAACCUCGUCUCCACAUUCAUCCACCAAAGUCAGAAUCCAUAUUCCCUCCAUCUCAGUUUUCCGCUAUGGGUAUCACUAUGAUAUACCGUUCUCCUACCGACCGAAACUCCUCUCGCGCAGGAAUUCUUGAAGGACCCUUAGCAGCUCUCUCAUGUCGGUCGUCAACAUCAUUCAGCACUCCCCUCGACUCUAACCUAGAUCUUGCUCGUGAAGUAAUCACGAUUCUGCUCACGGCCCAACAACGGAAUCGUGAAGGAAAAUCUGAAAAGCCCUUUGGUGAGGGAAAAUGGUGGACUAGUGUUCCUCGCUGGGGCGGUGGGAAAGGUGGUCCUAUUGGCAAAGAAAUCGAAGCAACCUCUUCUAGCUCUUCAUCCGCCUCUUCAUCUUCAGGAGACAAAUCUAUCAUGUCUGAGAUCAAAUCCAAAAUCACUUCUUCUUCGUCAGAAGAUAAAUCCCUUAUGUCCGAUAUCAAAUCUAAAAUCGGCGGUAUAAAUUCCCUCCCUUCUCUUCAAUCCAUCACUUCGGAAAGACGCCCCCCGCAGAAGAAACCCCGCACAACGCGUCAAGGUGGCCAAUCUCAGAUGUACGAAAAUUACCGCAAAAUGGUGCCCCCGACCAGCACGUGGGACAAAAAGGUACGUUACAUGGCAAUUGGCAAACCGGGUGGUGUAGGAGGGGAUUGGGACGAGGUGUUCUUGGUUAGCUCUUUGAAUCAUCAUAUCAGUUUUCUGAGGGGAAGGGUUGGGAAGGAGAUUCUAGAGGUUCUGGAUGGAGAAAGGGAUGGAAAAGGGGGAUAUGAGAGAACAGUGAUUUGGAGGACGAAGUGGUAUGAUUUGUUCAAGGGGGAAGAUAGGGUGGAGGCUAUGCGUGUCAUCUGGGGAAUAAUGGCUUGGGGAAUGAGGGGUGAGGAAGUCGGAGAGGGAAAGAUGGACGGAGAAGGAGAAGAGAAAAUGGACAUGGGUAAGUAA